AUGCCUAAAAUGUUCUGGGUGACAUUCUUCUGUGAAGGGCCCUCCGAGGCCAAGGAAUAUCGUCUCUACAAAGUUGGAAGUCAAGACUAUCUGAUACCAACAGCCCUUCUAGAAACUGAGAAUAAGGCCACGUUUUUUAUCUCUUUGGUUCAAUGGAACAAUGCAGGCCAAUAUUGGUGUACUUACACAAGCACCAGUGGCUCAUUAGAAGACAGUGACACCCUGGAGCUGGUGGUGACAGGGACCCUUCUAAAGCCCACCAUAUGGGCUGAGCCAGGCUCUGUGAUCACCUCAGGGAGUUAUGUUACCAUCUGGUGUAGCACAACACUACCAACCCUAAUCUAUGUGAUAAAUAAAGAGGGAAGCCCAGAUCCUUGGUACCAACAGAACCAAAUAGUCUACAAUUAUAAUGCAAAACUCACCAUUUCAUCUAUGACUGAAUUGAAUGCAGGGAGAUGUCACUGCUACUCAUACACCUCUGCUGGAUGGACAGAACGCAGUAACACCUUAGAACUCAUGGUGACAGGAGUCUACAACAAACCCAUACUGCUGCCACUGCAAGACCCUGUUGUGACUGUAGGAAUGACUGUGACACUCUCUUGUAUAUCUAAUCAUUCAUACAACUGGUUCAUUUUAACUAAGGAUGAUCAGAAGUUCUUGCGCAGUCAGCGUUCACAAGAUAAAGACACGGGGUUAUUUUUUGCCGAGUUCCAAGUGAAACCAACGGCCUUCGGCCAAAGGUGGAUGUUCAGAUGCUAUGGCUCUUACAGAAGUAAUCCUCAGGUGUGGUCAGAAGGGAGUGACCUUUUGGAACUUCUGAUCUCAGGAAAACUUAAGAAACCCACUUUGAGGGCUGAGCCAGGAUCUGUGAUUGCCUCAGGAAAUAAUGUGACCAUCUUGUAUGAGGGGACCAAGGGAAAGCAACCAAUGUAUUUCCUCUAUAAAGAAGGAAGCCCAGCACCCUGGGACAGUCAAACCCCAAAAUAUCCUUGUACUAAGGCCAUGUUCUCAAUAGUAUACAUGGAACAGCAUCAUGCAGGAAAAUAUCACUGUUACUCUUAUAACUCUGCAGGGUGGUCAGAACGCAGUGACAUGCUGCAGCUGGUAGUGACAGGUGUUCACCAUGGUAAACCUACUCUGUCAGCUUUGCCCAGCCCUGUGGUGACCUCAGGAGAGAAUGUGACCCUCCAGUGUCAGUCAUCAUCAGUCCCAGUGGAUACUUUCCUUCUGUUCAAGGAAGGUGCAUCCCAUCCCUAUUUGUAUCAAAAAUCACAGUCUCAAAAUCAGGCAGAAUUCUCCAUGAGUGCUGUGACUUCUGCUCUUAAGGGUGUUUAUGUAUGCAUUGGUUCCCAAAGCUCAUCCCCUUAA